CCGUGCCCGCCGGGGAGGCUCCCCCGCCCGGGGCCCGCCCCGGCCCCGGCUCCGCGCUGAGGCGGCGGCGGAGCGCGGCGGGGCCGCCCGGCCAUGGAGCGCUACGAGAAGCUGGGCAAGGUCGGAGAGGGCUCCUACGGCGUCGUGUUCAAGUGCCGCAACAAGGACACGGGGCAGAUUGUAGCCAUCAAGAAGUUCCUGGAGUCCGAGGAGGACCCGGUGAUCCGGAAGAUCGCCCUGAGGGAGAUCCGCAUGCUCAAGCAACUCAAGCACCCGAACCUGGUGAAGCUGCUGGAGGUGUUCCGGAGGAAGCGGCGGCUGCACCUGGUGCUGGAGUACUGCGAGCACACCGUGCUGCAGGAGCUGGACAGGCACCCCCGCGGGGUGCCAGAGUACCUGGUGAAGAGCAUAACCUGGCAGACCCUGCAGGCUGUGAACUUCUGCCAUAAACACAAUUGCAUCCACCGGGAUGUGAAGCCAGAGAACAUCCUGAUAACAAAGCACUCUGUCAUCAAACUCUGUGACUUUGGAUUUGCUCGAAUACUGACAGGUCCCAGUGAUUACUACACGGACUACGUGGCCACCAGGUGGUACCGCUGCCCCGAGCUGCUGGUGGGGGACACCCAGUACGGCCCCCCCGUGGACGUGUGGGCCAUCGGCUGCGUGUUCGCCGAGCUGCUCUCGGGGCUGCCCCUGUGGCCCGGCAAGUCGGACGUGGAUCAGCUGUACCUGAUCCGCAGAACUCUGGGGGAUCUCAUUCCCAGGCACCAGCAAGUGUUCAGCACCAACCAGUUCUUCAGUGGGGUAAGAAUUCCAGACCCAGAGAUCAUGGAGCCAUUGGAAGUGAAAUUCCCCAAUAUUUCAUACUCUGCACUGGCUCUCAUGAAGGGCUGCCUUCGCAUGGACCCUGCAGAGAGGCAGAGCUGUGAGCAGCUGCUGCAGCACCCCUAUUUUGACAGCUUCAGGGAGGCAGCAGAGCUGGGCAGAGAACACCAGAAGGGCUCUCAGAAACCGGCCAGGCUGGCUCGGAAGCACGUGCCAGGGUUACAGCACCUGCCUCAGCUGACCUGCAGCAAAGUUCUCCCAGCUUUGGACAGCAAGAAGAACUGCUGCAAGACAAGGAAAUCAAAGUACCACUUGCCAAACAUCUGACCAGGUGACAGAUCAAAACUCAGUUGUUCAAAGUCAUGCAGGAUUUAUAAAAGGAGGAUUCACAGUGGAAAACUAAAAGUUCUGGCAUGUACAGAGUGAUCUGUCCUCUACUCUGGGUCACUGAUGGAGAGGAAGUGAUGCAGAAAGAGCUCCAAGCUCAUCUUAAGUGUUCUGUGUACAAAGGCAAAUGCAUUCUGCUUUCAUUCCUGGUUGCCUCCUGGUGCAGGAUUACCCCAGCCCAGUGCUUACAGUAUGAAAUUUAAAUCUCUGUCCCUGCAUUUCAGACUUGGCAGGAGAGCUCCACCUUGCCAAAUACACAAACCCCUCCUGCUUUAGGCUGGGCCCGAGUCCCUCCUGCUUUAGGCUGGGCCCAGGUCCCUCCUGCUUUAGGCUGGGCCCAGAUCCCUCCUGCUUUAGGCUGGGCCCAGAUCCCUCCUGCUUUAGGCUGGGCCCGAGUCCCUCCUGCUUUGGGCUGGGCCCAGGUCCCUCCUGCUUUGGGCUGGGCCCAGGUCCCUCCUGCUUUGGGCUGGGCCCAGGUCCCUCCUGCUUUAGGCUGGGCCCAGGUCCCUCCUGCUUUAGGCUGGGCCCAGGUCCCUCCUGCUUUAGGCUGGGCCCAGGUCCCUGCUGUGUGAGGGGCUGUGCCUGUGCUGCUGAAGGGCUGAAGCUGUGUUGGUGCAGCCCAGGCUGGGAGGGGUCUCAGCUCCAGAGGUUCACUGGGCUCACUCCUGCCCUUCCAGAGCUCAAAGGUCUCCAAGUGCUGCUGGGGUUUCAGAGGCUCCACAGACACCAGGAGAUCAGAGCAACACCCCUGCUGUUUCUUUAGUCUUCCCAGAGCUUCUCCUGCAAGUUUUGUCCUUGAAUUCUGCUUCUGACAAGAGUGAGGGCACUUGCUUGUAGUUAUAAAAAUGAUU